AUGGCGGGAGUGAACGGUGACCGUAAAGGAAAGAAGGAUGACAAUGGGAUGGGCACGGCCGUUGACUUUUUGCUCUCUAAUGCCAAGCUUGUGCUUGGGGUCGGAGGAGCUGCCAUGCUAGGCAUUGCAACACUAGCAGUCAAAAGAAUGUAUGACCGUGCCAUAAGUGCUCCGACCAGCCCUACUAAGAUGGAACCAUCAGGGAAAAGGAGUUGGGAGGAACCAAGCUGGAUGGGCUCGUCACCACGGGUACUUAACCACGACAUGAGGUCAACAGUGAGCAGGUCACUGCAGACUCUACCCACCUCCUCCAACUCCUUUGAACCAGACUGCAUGCGGAGGGCGGCGGGGCGGGGACGUAGCGCUGCAGGGGAGACCGACCUCUUCCGGGCCAGGAUGCGCCUCUCCUUACAGGAGAAACUGUGGGAGUUCUACCAGGAGCGUGUGGCAAUCCCCGCUGAGGAGCAGGCCACAGCCCGCCGGGCUGCCCUGGACAUCUGCGCAGAGCUGAGGAUCUUCCUGCACGCCAAGCUGCCCGACAUGCCUCUCCGAGAGAUGUACCUCAGCGGCAGCCUCUACGACGACCUGCAGGUGGUGACAGCAGAUCAUGCUCAGCUCAUGGUCCCUCUGACCCUGGAGAAGAACCUGUGGUCGUCAGUCCCCGGGGAGGACACCAUCAUGAAUGUUCCGGGCUUCUGGCUGAUUCGCAGGGAGAACCUGGAAUACUUCCCCCGAGGCAGCAGCUACUGGGACCGCUGCAUGGUAGGAGGCUACCUCUCCCCCAAGUCUGUCCUGGAGGUGUUCGAGAAGCUGGUGGCGGGCUCCAUCAACUGGCCAGCCAUCGGCAGCGUUCUGGACUACGUGAUCCGGCCGGUGGUUCCCUCGGAGACACUCACCCUGGAGGUCCAGUACGAGACAGACCGCCUUCUUUACGUGGACUUCCUGCCUCUGCUGGUGAUGGACGACGGCGCCUCGCUCAUCGCCAAGCCACACAGGCUGGCCGCGGAGCGCCAUGAAAACCUGUGGCGGCAGAGUUUCCGUGUGGCGGAGACUGCGCGCCUGCGGGCUCUGGACCAGGAGGACGGGGGCUGCCGCUGCGCUUGUCUCAAGGUGACUAAAGCUGUGUGCAAGCUGAACCCGGCCCUGGCGCGCCUGUCAGCCAGUCAGCUGACCAACGCCAUACUGCUACUGAGCGAGAAGGAGGGCGACUGGACCCAGGAGGCGCUGGCUGACCGCUUCCUGCAUUUGCUCCGCUCGCUAGUGGGACACUUAGAGGCCGGGAGGCUCCCCUGCGCCCUGGUCCCCAAAGUCAACCUGUUCUGUGAGCUGACGCCAGUGGAAGUGGAUGAGCUAGGAUACACCCUCUACUGUUCCCUCUCUGACCCAGAGGGACUCCUAAGGACUCCUCAGUCUAAGUCUGGUCACGGGUUCUAGGGUUUAGGACAGAUGGUAUAUAAUUCUAAGGUUCCAUAUAUUCCAUGCUGCAGAAGAGGAUAGGAUAUGUAAUUCAUAUGCGCUUCAGACAUGGACCAUGUCCCCUGUGACCAUGUCGCUGUGUGAUUGAUUCAACAUCACGUCUCUGGAGUCCCUAUUUCAUCGAUCAAUAUGUUUCUCUUGUACUUUUUAUUUUUAUUUGUGUAAUUAUGUUUGUGAUAAAGUAGAAAUGCAAAAUCAACCACUUUAGUAUAGGGGUUUAACAAUGAAUACAGGAUCAUCCAAAUACCAGUUAAACCUCAGAUGAUGAAACCAUAUGGUCCCUAUGCUGCACGUAAGCCGUUUUAUAAAUAGUACUGUUCAGAGGGGUAUACUUUAAAGCAUGAUCAAGGAGUUAGCCAACUAACUUGCCUAGAUAUCCUGAAAUAACUUCAAAUGGGCUUGGUCUAAUUGACUUAACCAAAAAUAAGUUUAGCUUAAUGAACCCCAAAAAAAUCUAGUUAUUUUUGUUUGUCAAAGUUGAACCUGUUUUGUAGUAUACCCCUUGGGGUAGGACUGUGUCUGUUGAAUUGGGGAUUGCUUCAUUGGCUAAUAUGUUACCAUUAUAUUAUGUAGCCAGUUUGGAUGGAAUCGUGUCGGGGGGGGGGAAUAUAUAUACGUUUAUUCAUUAUAAUUGGUGGGAAUGGAAAUUGGGGUUUAUUUGAAAGAUAUUGUGGUAGCUCCAUCCUCAGAUUGCAGGUCUUUCAAACACUGAGAUUAUGAUGGGUAACAUUAGUUUAAUGCUAGUUAAUAUCAUGUCUGAACAGGGGCAUGAAAGAGAUCUCUCAGUCAAAUGAACAAGCCUCCAUAAUCGGCUCAAGUAUUAUUGUUCUCUACAUUUUAUAGCUUACUAUUAAGCUGAGACGUGGAGGCAGGGUGCUUAUUACACUCUGCCAUGAGAUGCCAGUUCAGAUGGACAGAUAGUUUGGUGACACCGUCAAUACUGCCGCCCCUAACAAGGUAAAUGGUCUUAAGCACUGUUGUGGUCCACUAGGAAAUAAGACCAGUGAGUGGAACAUGACAGGGGGGAUGUUCUUCUACUGCAGGGUACUUAUAGUACUGUAGCCUGGUAUCGUACAGUUUGUGCUGUAGCCAACUCUUCUCGUUGUCAUGCAUGGCAUUGACAUGGCAAGGCUAGAAGAGUUGCUUACAGUACAUACAGUAUGGGACCAGGCUACACUUAGCCUACUCUACCGCUCUAACUGUGUAAAUGGAUAGAAUGUAAUGUUGACCAUGUGAGCUGCCGCAAAAGCAAAUAAAUUAUUGUGGUAUGACUGAAAUCUUGACAUUCUUGAGUUUGUCUAGAUUUCUUGAAGUUUUUGAAUUUGGUUCAAGUUAUAGUUCUGAAAUUGUAGCAAACUUUGCAAGGGUGGAGGCUGCUGAGGGGAGGACGGUUCAUAAUAAUGGCCGGAAUAGAGUGGUAUCAAACACGUUCAUGUGUUUGAUUCCAUUAACUGCAUUCCAGCCAUUAUACUCCAUUCCAGACGUUAUUAUGAGCCGUCCUACAAUCAGCCUCCACUGGUGGAAACGCCCACUAAAAAGCCUAAUGUAUAAAGCCUAAUGUAUAAAUCACAGAAACCUAUCUUCAUGGUAUUUUAAAUUGCGGAUGAUUUGUGUGGUUUUUUUUUUUUAGGACUUCUCCCACAAAGUUGUUGAAUGAAAGAAUGUUGAGAAAUAAGAAUAUAUACUUUUGUUAGGAAUGUGUGCCGUUUGCAUGAGUAAGAAUACCAAUGUAGAAAGUUAAUCAUACGUUGGGUUAUUGUUAUACACCUUCUCUGUACUGUCUGUUUAUGACGUCAAAUAUGUCUUGUGACGUUAAGAUAAGAUACCUGACCUAUAUGUUCAUUCAUAGGUCUUUGUUGGGUAAAACUGGUUGUUGCAUACCUUGUAUGAAACAAAUCUGGCAUGACUUCCUCCCACUCAUAACACACAAUGGUUGGUGUGCUUUUUUUCAAAUUACAUUUUGCGAUAGUUAGGAUGUUAAGCUGAGAGCGAACUUAUCAAAGACAGUUGCUGUGGAAAAGAAUAAUUUGUUUCCGGUUGCAAAUACAGUAUUUGUCAGUUUGGCUCUCAAGUCUGGUCUUGCUUCAAUGGCCUUACUGGUAUAAGGUAACUGUUGCUCAGUCAUGAUAUAGUGUCUUCAGAAAACAUUCAUACUCAUUGACUUCUUCCACAUUUUGUGUUACAGCCUCAAUUUAAAAUGGAUGAAAUAUAUAUUUUUCUCACCCAUCUACAGACAAUACCCCAUAACUGACAAAGACAAAGCAUGUUUAAGAAAAUGAAAUAUUUUAUUUAAACUAGGCAAAUCAGUUAAGGACAAGUUCUUAUUUACAAUGACAGCCUACCAGGGAGCAGUGGGUUAACUGCCUUGUUCAGGGGCAGAAUGACAGAUUUUUUUUUACCUUGUCAGCUCGGGAAUUUGACCCAGUAAUCUUUUGGUUACUGGCUCAACGCUCUAACCACUAGGCUACCUGCCACCAAGCUGACAUAUGACAGAAAUAUGUCAUUGACAUAAGUCUUCACACCCCUAAGUCAAUAUAUGUUAGAAUCACUUUUGGCAGCGAUUACAGCUUUGUCUUUCUAGUUAAGUCUCUAAAAGCUUUGCACACCAGGAUUGCACAUUAUUUGCACAUAAUUAAACCAAUUCUUCAAGCUCUGUCAAGUUGGUUGUUAAUCAUUGCUAGACAGCCAUUUUCAAGUCUUGCCUAGAUUUCCCAAGCCAAUUUUAAGUCAAAACUGUAACUAGGUCACUCAGGAACAUUCAAUGUUGUCUUGGUAAGCGCCACCAGUAUACAUUUCGCCUUGUUUUUUAGGUUAUUUUUCUGCUGAAAGGUGAAUUUGACUGUCUGUUGGAAAGCAGACUGAACCAGAUUUUCCUCUAGGAUUUUGUCUGUUUCUUUUUUAUCCUAAAUAAACCUCCCUAGUUCUUGCCGAUGACAAGUAGACCCAUAACAUGAUGCAGCCACCACCAUGCUUGAAGAUAUGAAGAGUGGUACUUGGCAAUGGGUUGUUGGAUAGUCCCCAAAUAUAACGCUGUGUAUUGAGGACAUAAAGUUGAUUUCUUUGCCAAAUUUUUGCAGUUUUGCUUUGGUGCAUUAUUGCAAACAGGAUGCAUGUUUUGGAAUAUUUGUAUUCUGUAUAAGCUUUCUUCUUUUCCCUCUGUCGGUAAGGUUAGUAUUGUGGAGUAACUACAAUGUUGUUGAUCCAUCCUCAGUUUUCUCCUAUCGCAGCCUUUAAACUCUUAACUGUUUUAAAUACACCAUCCAAAGUGUAAGUAAUAACUUCAUGCUCAAAGGGAUAUUCAAUGUCUGCUUUUUUUUCUUUUCUUUACCCAUCUACCGAUAGGUGCCUUUCUUUGCGAGGCAUUGGAAAACCUCCCUGGUCUUUGGUUGAAUCUGUGUUUGUAAUUCACUGUUCGACUGAGGAACCUUACAGAUAAUUGUGUGUGUGUGUGUGUGGAUUACAGAGAAGAGGUAGUCGUUCAAAAAUCAUGUUAAACACUAUUAUUGUGCACAGUGAGUCCAUGCAACUUAUGUGACUUGUAGAGAACAUUUUACUCAUGAAAUUAUUUAGGGUUGCCAUAACUAAGGGGUUGAAUACUUAUUGACACGAGACAUUUCAGCUUUUCAUUUUUAAUUCUGUCUGUAACAUAAAAUGUGAAAAAAGGCUAGGGCUGUGAAUAUUUUCUCAAGGCACUGUAUAUCGUCUUCUGUGGUAUGUUAGUGUGGAUAUUGGAACAAAGGUAUGUUCAGUUUAGAGAGACAUUUCUUUUAUUAUUUAUGGUAGUUCCAUUAACUUUACACUUACAGACACGGGUGGGUAGGUAUUCAUUUUGGUGCUCAGUGUGUGCAGCUAAGGGUGCAGGUCAACCCCAUUGACAUAUAAGAUCAACCCACAUUGAAAGACAGCCAGGGUUAAUCUGGUGUUGACUGAGUUGACAUCCAGCAGACAGACAGGGAUUUAAACCAGGUCAGGUAGCAGCUAUAACCAUCCCAUGCCAAGAUGGUCCAGUGUUCAAUCACAAGCCUUCUUCAAGAGUGGGCUCCUGAGUGGUGCAGCGGUCUAAGGCACUACAUCUCAGUGCGAGGCAUCACUACAGACACCCUGGUUCAAUUCCAGGCUGUAUCACAACUAAACCGUGAUUGGGAGUCCCAUAAGGCAGCGCACAAUUGGCCCAGCAUCUUCUGGGUUUGGCCAGUGUAGGCUGUCAUUGUAAAUACGAUUUUUUUCUUUACUGACUUGCCUAGUUAAAGGUUCAAUAAAAAAUACAAAAUAAAAGUGUUGUGCAAAUAUAAUGAUAAAAUAUAAAUCAGCACUUUGCUCAUCUGUGAUUGAAAAAUAUAUAUAUCUUCCCAAUUAACACAAUAUUGUCUCACAGGUAUUUAGUGUCUAUCCUGGUAGGAGUGGAGUGGAGGGUGUGCUUGGUACAGUAGAGCAUUAUACAAGAAAAUCUUCGACAUGUAAUGGAGAUAGUUUAGUAUUUUUGUAUUAUACGUUUGCAACCAAAAAAGCAGAGUAUGUUUGCAAUGCUACCACCACAACCACACGUAGUGUUCUGAAGAAGUGUUUAAUUCUGGGUGUACUGAUAUUAACGGCUCAAUCCGUGAUGGGACUACUUAUAAAGGAUGUUUUUGUGUGCAGAUUUGUCUCUGUAGACCUGACUUAAACUACAAACAUUUCUGUGCUGUUGUUGGGGUCAUUUUGCCAUGCAAAGUUUGCUACAACUGUUAUAAACCACAAAGUAGACAACUACAUCUACCUUGUGGAUUUCAGCCUAGCGACGAUAUGCUUGCAUGGAAUGUAUGUUUAGUUUUUUUGUUGACGUUUUUUUCGAUUUAAUUUUAGCAAUGGAACUGAAUGGUACACAGCACUUUGUAUACUCCGAUAAUAAAUGUUGCGGCAGA